AUGUCGUGUUUGGCGGUGUCGCUGCAGCCUACAAACGGGCCGGACGUAAUGGUCCUAACCCGGGAAUGGUUCCCUCCAUCCCGGGCCCUGAUGGCUCUCUCCUCCUUCCGCCACACGCGCUUCUCCGCCGAUCUGCUGGGCGACGACCCUCUGGCCGCCUCCUCCGGCCAGGUCGUCGUCGGCGUCGAGUCCCGCUACCGCGUCGUCUACCGUCUCGUCAAUUCCAUCUACGUCCUCGGCGUCACCACCACUGACGACUCCAACAACAACGUAUUCGACACCAUCAACGUCGUCAACCAGGCCGUCGCCGUCGUCGUUACCGCCUGCCGCGGCGUUGACGUCUCCCCCGAGAAAUUGGGCAAAAAGUACGCCGAGAUCUACAUGGCCCUCGACAUCAUCCUCCGGGGCACCACCACCAUCCGCCUCUCCGCCAUGCUCGCCUCCAUGCACGGCGACAGCAUCGCCAAGAUGGUCCAUUCCUCCACCCAGACCGAGGCCAAAAUCAGAGGCGCCAACACCUGGCCCAGCGUCGAGCCUGACGCCGUCCAGCACCAAGACUCCACUCACACAUUCUCCCGCGCUUUUUUCGAGCUGCCCCUAGAGACUCUCCAUGCAGGCGAUGUAAUCGCAUCUGGCCUUUCUUCUCACCAGGGAGAGGAGAAGGAGAAGGAGAAGGUUAAUAACAUUGACAAUGAAAGUGAUCCAUUCGCAGCUAGUGAUAGGAUUCACAAGCCCGAUGAAAUGCUCAUGGAAGGGUUCAAGAAGGACAAGGAGGGAGGCGUUUCGGACAUGAGCAAGGCGCUGGCGGGGCUCGAAGUCACCGCAUUGCCCCCAUCCGCGGCCACAGAGUCCACACACAUAGGCGUGGAGGGAUUCGAGGGAGACUAUGGUGGAGUUGAGUUCAGCAACGAGGGCCCAACUCUGCCUGAAGAUUUUGAAGGCCUCAAUGAUGCUUGGGGUGGUGGAUUGGAUGCAUCCGAGUUUGUGGGACCCAAGAAACUUACUAAAGACCACGGCCUUGGUGGCUUGGAGCUCCUUGCCACCAGGCAGGCUCCUCCGAUUUCUGCCGAUCAGAAGGCUGAAAUGCAGCAGGGUCCAGAAAUGUGCAUUGUGGAAGAGAUAAGUGCGGAGUUUAGAGAGUCCGUUGUAGCUAGGGUCGGGUUGAAGGGCGUCGUCUUCCUCAAGACAAAGCCUCCCAACUCCAGUUCAAAUAGUAAAGAAACUGAAUUCUCAUUCAAGGUGGAAGGCACACAAGAUGUGAAGAGAUUUGUUGUGCAGAGUUCCAAGAUCAGCAGCCUAGGUAACAAUCUGUUUCAUGUGAGGACUGCUCUGUCGGAUGAAGCGGUACCCGUUAUCAAGUACAGUUUACUCCCCCACUCAACUCCUCUGCCUAUAAGAGUUCGUCUUGUCAAACGCCUCGUUGGAACGCUGCUCUCACUCAUGAUACAGUACGUGCCAAAUCCGGAUUUGCCAGCGCCGUUGAAGGAUGUGACAUUUGUGAUGAAAUUGCCUGUGGAUCCUACCCUUUUGAAGGUAUCCCCCAAAGCAGUGCUGAACAGGGCUGACAGGGAGUUGAAGUGGCAUGUUGAUGAGCUUCCGGCGAAGGGCAGUGUUGGUAGGUUGAGGGCGAGAAUGCCUGUGGAUAUCGGCAAAGAUGAUGAUGGAUCUGAGCUCGAGAUCUUUGGUCGUGUCGAGUUUGCAAGCACAGGGAAUAGAUCAUUGUCUGGGAUUUCUCUGAGGCCUGCUGGUGAAGGGAGUACUGAUUUCUAUGAGGUUGAGCACAGGUAUGCUAGUGGUCACUAUUUUUGCAACUGAGUUUUGAAUAUUUUACCUUUGCUGCUUCUCUUUGAUGUAUUUGAGUUCAAUUUAAUGAUUG